AUGGUAAGUCUCAAAUCACUUGUAUCUCUCAGUUCCCGAUCCGCUGCCGUAGCACUACUUGUUUUGGUGGUUUCAGUGGCAGUGCAGACCCAUACUACAAAUGCACAAAGCUGCCCGACCGAGCUGACGAGCCUGAACGUGUGCGCACCUUUCGUGGUGCCCGGUGCAGCUGUGGCUAACCCUAGCAUUGACUGCUGUAACGCACUCCAAUCGGUGCACCAUGAUUGCCUUUGCAGCACUCUAAGGAUCGCUUCUCGACUCCCUUCUCAAUGCAAUCUCCCACCACUCACUUGUGCUUGA